AUCCAUAGUAACCAGACAUAGCAGCAUGUUGUGUUGACGUUAGGUGAUAAAACACUAACAGCAGAAAGUAUUGGUCGUAGUUUCAUCAAAGCACAUGUUUAUUUUAUAUCCUGUGCUUCAAACGAAAGAGUAAUAACUUGGUGUCUUCGUGCCCAAGCUAUGGGUCGGGACUACUAUGCUUCGCUGGAAAUCAACAGAAAUGCAACAGAUGCUGACAUCAAGAAGUCGUAUCGACGGCUCGCAUUGAAAUACCAUCCCCAAAACAACAACAAACCAGGUGCUUAUGAGAAAUUCAACGAGCUCGCCGAAGCCUACGAUGUUUUGAGUGAUUCUCAGAAAAAGGCCACUUAUGACAAGUUUGGAGAGGAAGGGUUAAAAGGAGGUAUACCAGAGGAGGCAGGAGAAAAUGGAGCGUGGACAGAAGGAUACACAUAUCAUGAAAACCCAGAGAAAAUAUUUAGACAGUUCUUUGGAGGAGACAAUCCAUUUGCAGAUUUCCACACUAAAGAUGGCCACGAGGUUAAUUUUGCAUUUGGAGGGCUAAGAGGAAGAGGGGUGAAGAAGCAGGACCCACCCAUCGAGCGAGAUCUGCACCUUUCCCUGGAGGACCUCUUCUAUGGAUGCACCAAGAAAAUCAAGAUUUCUCGCAGAGUCAUGAAUGAAAAUGGAAACACGUCUAGUAUCAGAGACAAGAUCCUCAGCAUUACUGUGAAGCCAGGGUGGGACGAAGGCACAAGAAUAACGUUCCCCAAAGAGGGAGAUCAGGGUCCCAAUAAUAUCCCAGCUGAUAUUGUGUUCGUUGUGCGUCAGAAGAGUCAUCCUCGGUUUACUCGCCAGAGUAACAACUUGAUUUACACAGCUCACGUCUCCCUGGAGAAGGCCCUGACUGGUUUCUCUGUGGAGGUGGAGACACUAGACAGCAGAUUUUUAAGCAUCCCCAUCAACGACAUUGUGCAUCCCAAUUACAGUAAGGAGGUGCCAGAGGAGGGGAUGCCGCUAGCCAGCUGUCCUAAGAAGAGAGGGAAGCUAAUCAUCCAGUUUGUCGUCUACUUCCCUCAGAAGCUCUCGCCAGAGAGGAAAGAGCUCAUCAAGCAAGCACUCCACACCUGAACUUUCAAGACCCCCAGGUCAUACCCAUUCAGCCAGAUUUCUCACUUUUCAAAAAAAGAAGAAACUCAAGUAUGUAAAACUAGUAAACAUUUUAUUCAAAAUAAAAACACUACAGCUUUUUAAAAGACAAAUAUGGAGAAAGAA